GUGAUACUUGAUUAUAAAAACAAGUCCAUCUGGGAUCUCUUGUUUCAGAUCAGAGGUGAGGAAGGGCACGAGGGACAGGGACAGUCUUUGUGUAGCAGGUCACGGUGAGUUUAUCAUGACUUUCACUGAAUGCUAACUGGGCUUCUCAGUGAAACUGAGACAGACUGGCUACCCGUGCACACUGCUGCUACAGGGAUAUCAUGAGAGUGCACUUGAAGAGGUAGGAGAUAGAUGUAUUGUAUCUCUCUAUGUAUUGUAUCUCACUAUAUGUUUUGUAUGUUUGCAUUACCAUAGUUUAUAUUGCCUUGUUAGGCAAAAACAUCACAUAGUUAACAUAUAAUGUUAUAGUAAAAAUCUUUGAAUAAGAAUCUUUCAAAAAGAAACCAAUAUGCAUGCAUUUUGCUUCAAAGGAAAUAUUUUGAAAUAUUUUGAAAAAGUCCACUUUUCAAGUGUAUUACACAAUUUUAAUCACAACGCAUUUUGUGUGUAUAACACGAUUUUCAUUCUUCAUAAUGCAUUCAUGUACAUUACACAAAUUCCAAUUUGUUGUGGCUGACGUUAGCUAGGCUAGCUAGGGGGAUAAUGUUAGGGUUAGGGGUUAAGGUUAGGGUUAGGUUUAGGGGUUAGGGUUAAGGGUUAAGGUUAGGUGACUUGCUGGCUAAGUAGUUAAAGGGUUAAGGUUAGGGUUAGGAGUUAGGUUAAAGGGUUAAGGUUAGGGUUAUGGGAAGGGUUAGCUAAUAUGUACAGUGAGGGAAAAAAGUAUUUGAUCCCCUACUGAUUUUGUAUGUUUCCCCACUGACAAAGACAUGAUCAGUCUAUAAUUUUAAUGGUAGGUUUAUUUGAACAGUGAGAGACAGAAUAACAACAACAAAAUCCAGACAAAUGCAUGUCAAAAUUUUUAUAAAUUGAUUUGCAUUUUAAUGAGGGAAAUAAGUAUUUGACCCCUCUGCAAACAUGACUUAGUACUUGGUGGCAAAACCCUUGUUGGCAAUCACAGAGGUCAGACAUUUCUUGUAGUUAGCCACCAGGUUUGCACACAUCUCAGGAGGGAUUUUGUCCCACUCCUCUUUGCAGAUCUUCUCCAAGUCAUUAAGGUUUCGAGGCUGACGUUUGGCAACUCGACCCUUCAGCUCCCUCCACAGAUUUUCUAUGGGAUUAAGGUCUGGAGUCUGACUAGGCCACUCCAGGACCUCAAUGUGCUUCUUCUUGAGCCACUCCUUUGUUGCCUUGGCUGUGUGUUUUGGGUCAUUGUCAUGCUGGAAUACCCAUCCACGACCCAUUUUCAAUGCCCUGGCUAAGGGAAGGAGGUUCUCACCCAAGAUUUGACGGUACAUGGCCCCGUCCAUCAUCCCUUUGAUGCGGUGAAGUUGUCCUGUCCCCUUAGCAGAAAAACACCCCCAAAGCAUAAUGUUUCCACCUCCAUGUUUGACGGUGGGGAUGGUGUUGUUGGGGUCAUAGGCAGCAUUCCUCCUCCUCCAUACACGGCGAGUUGAGUUGAUGCCAAAGAGCUCGAUUUUGGUCUCAUCUGAUCACAACACUUUCACCCAGUUCUCCUCUGAAUCAUUCAGAUGUUCAUUGGCAAACGUCAGACGGGCCUGUAUAUGUGCUUUCUAGAGCAGGGGGACCUUGCGGGCGCUGCAGGAUUUCAGUCCUUCAUGGCGUAGUGUGAUACCAAUUGUUUUCUUGGUGACUAUGGUCCCAGCUGCCUUGAGAUCAUUGACAAGAUCCUCCCAUCUAGUUCUGGGCUGAUUCCUCACCGUUCUCAUGAUCAUUGCAACUCCAGGAGGUGAGAUCUUGCAAGGAGCCCCAGGCCGAGGGAGAUUGACAGUUCUUUUGUGUUUCUUCCAUUUGCAAAUAAUCGCACCAACUGUUGUCACCUUCUCACCAAGCUGCUUGGCGAUGGUCUUGUAGCCCAUUCCAACCUUGUGUAGGUCUACAAUCUUGUCCCUGACAUCCUUGGAGAGCUCUUUGGUCUUGGCCAUGGUGGAGAGUUUGGUAUCUGAUUGAUUGAUUGCUUCUGUGGACAGGUGUCUUUUAUACAGGUAACAAAAUUAGAUUAGGAGCACUCCCUUUAAGAGUGUGCUCCUAAUCUCAGCUCGUUACCUGUAUAAAAGACACCUGGGAGCCAGAAAUCUUUCUGAUUGAGAGGGGGUAAAAUACGUAUUUCCCUCAUUAAAAUGCAAAUCAAUUGAUAACAUUUUUGACAUGCGUUUUUUUCUUAAUUUUUUUGUUGUUAUUCUGUCUCUCACUAUUAAAGUAAACCUACCAUUAAAAUUAUAGACUGAUCAUUUCUUUGUCAGUGGUCAAACGUACAAAAUCAGCAGGGGAUCAAAUACUUUUUUCCCUCACUGUAAGUAGUUGCAAAGUUGCUAAUUAGCUAAAAUGCUAAAGUUUUCAGUGAUGCGAUUCAAGCAUGCAACCUUCGGGUUGCUAAACUUUUGCGUUAUACAGCACCAAUCCGGAACCUAUGGGUUGCUAGACAUUCGUGUUAUAUGCCCACCCACCCACCCAUCCUCCCAACCUCCCUCCCUCCUAUCUUUUCUGUCUUAAGUAACUUACUGUCUAAUAUACUUUUUCGUGUGCCUGUCACGUAUUUCCAAUAAGCAACUUGUGUCUAUUUCACAGUAAUCUGUGACACUGGGUUGAGUAUAUGGUGUUCUAUAACUGUGACGUCUUGCAGCAGGGAAGGGCAGUAUAUAAACAUUAUAAACCAAUGAUGUGCGGUGAGUUCAGUGUCUGGGUAAGCACUGGCAAUUAUCAAAGCCAGAUUUACUCACAAACAAACCUUGAUGAAGCCCCAGUUCACCAUACAACAGAUCCAACAGCUCCAACAACCAGAGUGACAUACACUACCGGUCAAAGGUUUUAGAAGACCAACUUAUUCAAGGGUUCUUCUUUAUUUUUACUAUUUUCUACAUUGUAGAAUAAUAUUGAAGACAUCAAAACUAUGAAAUAACACAUUUGCAAUCAUGUAGUAAACAAAAAAGUGUUAAACUCUUAAGGAUCGGACCCUUUUUUUCAAUUUUCGCCUAAAAUGACAUACCCAAAUCUAACUGCCUAUAGCUCAGGAUGUAGGAGAAUAUAACACAUUAUAUCUGGUAAAAGAUAAUACUAACAAAAAAACAUGCGUUUUCUAUUAAUUUUUUUGUUCCAUCAUCUUUGAAAUACAAGAGAAAGGCCACAAUAUAAUAUUGCAGUUUAGGCGCAAUUUAGAUUUUGGCCACUAGAUGGAAGCAGUGUGUGUGCAAAGUUUCAAGAUUGAUCAAGUGAAGCAUAGCAGUACUGGACUAUUUUGUAUCAAGUCUGCCCAAAUGUGCCGAAUUGGUCAAUUGAUACAUUUUCAAGUACGUAACUAUAGAGAACAUACAAAAAUGAUAUGGUUAUACAAAAUGUAAGUUUACACACUCCCAGGAAUGUCAUACAUGAUGGAUCAUUAGUUUAUACACUAACUUUCACACAUAUAGAUGGCCGGGCGGGGUGGGUGUGGAGCCAAAGACAGCAGGGUUCAAACUGUGGAACCCAGUUCCUACAUUUAAAUAUCAAAAUAGAUUUUAUCAAAUAAAACUAUGCCACAUUUUAUCUCAGGGACCCUUAGGAUGACAAAUUAGAACAAUAUUACUGAAUGUAAGUACAUUGUUUACCUUCAGAGGUGAAUGCAUCAAACCAGUUGCCAGUUUUUUGUUGUUGUGCACUCUCCUCAAACAAUAGCAUUGUAUUUUUUCACUGUACUAACUACUGUAAAUUGGACAGUGCAGUUAGAAUAACAAGAAUUUCAUACUUCUGCCCAUAUAAGACAUGUCUAUGUCCUGGAAAGUUUGCUGAUACUUACAACAGUCAUGCUAAUCACAUUAGCGCACGUUAGCUCAACCGUCCCGUAUACGGGACACCGAUCCCGUAGAGGUUAAAUAUGCCAAGAUUUUAGAUUCUUCAAAUAGACACCAUUUGCCUUGAUGACAGGUUUGCAAACUCUUGGCAUUCUCUCAACCAGCUUCACCUGGAAUGCUUUUCCAACAGUCUUGAAGGAGUUACCACAUAUGCUGAGCAUUUGUUGGCUGCUUUUCCUUCACUCUGCAGUCCGACUCAUCCCAAACCAUCUCAAUUGGGUUGAGGUCGGGGGAUUGUGGAGGCCAGGUCAUCUGAUGCAGCACUCCAUCACUCUCCUUCUUUGUAAAAUAGCCCUUGCACCGCCUGGAGGUGUGUUGGGUCAUUGUCCUGUUGAAAAACAAAUGAUAGUCCCACUAAGCCCAAACCAGAUGGGAUGGCGUAUGGUAGCCAUGCUGGUUAAGUGUUCCUUGAAUUCUAAGUAAAUCACAGACAGUGUCACCAGCAAAGCACCCCCACACCAUAACACCUCCUCCUCCAUGCUUUACGGUGGGAAAUACACAUGUGGAGAUCAUCCAAUCACCCACACCGCGUCUCACAAGACACAGCGGUUGGAACCAAAAAUCUCAAAUUUGGACUCCAGACCAAAGGACACAUAUCCACUGGUCUAAUGUCCAUUGCUCGUGUUUCUUGGCCCAAGCAAGUCUUUUCUUCUUAUCGGUGGCCUUUAGUAGUGGUUUCUUUGCAGCAAUUCGACCAUGAAGGCCUGGUUUACACAGUCUCCUCUGAACAGUUGAUGUUGAGAUGUGUCUGUUACUUGAACUCUGUGAAGCCUUUAUUUGGGCUGCAAUUUCUGAGGGUGGUAAUGAACUUAUCUCUGCAGCAUAUGUAACUCUGGGUCUUCCGUUCCUGUGGCGGUCCUCAUGAGAGCCAGUUUCAUCAUAGCGCUUGAAAGUUUUUGCGACUGCACUUGAAGAAACUUUCAAAGUUCUUGAAAUUUUACGGAUUGACUGACCUUCAUGUCUUAAAGUAAUGAUGGACUGUCGUUUCUCUUUACUUAUUUGAGCUGUUCUUGCCAUAAUAUGGACUUGGACUUUUACCAAAUAGGGCUAUCUUCUGUAUACCCCCUGUACCUUGUCACAGCAAAACUGAUUGGCUCAAACGCAUUAAGAAGGAAAGAAAUUCCACAAAUUAAGUUUUAACAAGGCACACCUGUUAAUUGAAAUGCAUUCCAGGUGACUACCUCAUGAAGCUGGUUGAGAGAAUGCCAAGAUGUGCAAAGCUGUCAUCAAGGCAAAGGGUGGCUACUUUGAAGAAUCUCAAAUAUAAAAUAUAUUGUGAUUUGUUUAACAUUUUAUUGGUCACUAUAUGAUUCCAUAUGUGUUUUUUUCAUAGUUUUGAUGUCUUCACUAUUAUUCUACAAUGUAGAAAAUAGUACAAAUAAAGAAAAACCCUUGAAUGAGUAGGUGUGUCAAAUCUUUGACUGGUACUGUAUAUAAUAAAUAAGGUUCUAAUGACAUUUCCAUAUCAACAAUUUAAAUAACUGGAAAAUGCAGUUGAAAGCAUCAAAAAGGUCUAAUCAAAUUUGAAACUCUAGCUUGAUAAAUCAAAUGCAUUCAAAGGAAUGUUGUCUAUUCUCAUGAUUCAACAGAAGCCUAACCCGCAAAUUGCAAAGGAAAAGGAAUUUAGGCCUACCUUCUCACUGUAGCAAAACAUGGGAAUACUGUUUCCACACAAUGUCAGAAAAUGUCCCCCUCCCUUCAUUCAUAACAUUUGUAUCUAGUGAUUCAGCAUGUACAGCUUUAGAUAAUAACUCAGUGGACAUUUGGGGAUCUGCCAAUUGCAGAGGCUGGCGUGUCGACUACAGAAUUUCUUUUGCACAGAAAAUACAAUACCUCGACAAAGCUACUUUAUAGUCAGACCAUGUAAUCUCUUUCUUAUUCCUUGCAUUCUGUAUGCUAAAAAUGCUAAUGAAAUCAAAUAAUUUCUAUUGUAUACAUUUUCUAAAUAUAACAUAUACUAUCACAGAGAAGAGAGAACAUUUUCCUGAGAUCGUAAACAAAUAUGUUGUUAUUUUCUUCUUGUUUGUUCCCAGCUUCAAUGACGUUAUGGGCAUGUGCGGUGGAACAGCGGCGGUCCUUCGACCAAUCCUCUGCCUCCUCCUCCUCCUCGUCUUGGUUUGGGGUUGCCGCGGUAAUGGCAGUGGGGGAGGUAGAAUCCUGGUCUUCCCCGAGGAUGGCAGCCACUGGCUCAACAUGGAGGUCAUCCUCCGAGAGCUCCACUCCAGAGGUCACGACCUCACCGUGCUACGCUCCGCCAAGAGCUGGUACAUCCCCCAGAAUUCCCCUGUCUACACCUCCAUCACCGUGAACCCUGCUCCUCCUCCGCCGGGCGAGGACCUCGGUCCUGACUUCUACACCGUCCUGAUGCAGCGCUCGCUGAAACGGCGCAGGAUGUUUCCAGUCCGCCGUUUCCUAGAGCAGCAGAAGGACACGGCGGCCAUGUUGAUGAUGUUUCACGGCGGGGCGCUCUGCAUGAUCUCCGCCAUCUUGGAUGACUCGGACCUCGUCGCCAAACUGAGGGAGUCCAGAUUCGACUUGAUGCUCACCGACCCUGCCUUCCCUGCUGGGGUGCUCCUGGCCCAAUACCUGGGCAUACCCAUGGUUUAUAAUGUCCGCUGGCUCAAUGCGGGCGAGGCCCACAUGACUGUUGCCCCCACGCUGCCAUCCUAUGUCCCAAUGUACAACUCGCUUUUCAGCGAUAAUAUGGACCUCCUGCAGAGGACAGAGAACUUCCUGCGUUACCUGGCCAUCCUCCUCCAGGAGCACCUGGUCAUCCAGCCACUCUACGUCGACCUGCUUCGACGUCACUUCCCCCCUGGUGCUGACCUGCUCUCCAUGCAGCGCUCGGCAGACGUGUGGCUGAUGCGGGUGGACUUUGUCUUUGAGUUCCCGCGGCCCACCAUGCCCAACGUGGUCUAUGUGGGGGGCUUCCAGUGCCAUCCGGCCGAGCCGCUCCCUGCUGACCUGGAGGCCUUCAUGCAGAGCUCUGUAGAGCACGGGGUGGUAGUCAUGUCUCUGGGAACGCUGGUGUCUGCCCUGCCUAAGGAGGUAACCGAGGCGGUGGCCCAAGCCUUUGCCCAGCUGCCCCACAAGGUGGUGUGGAGGUUCCUGGGAGAAAGACCCUCUUCCCUGGGGAACAACACCCUGCUACUGGACUGGCUCCCCCAGAACGACCUCCUGGGCCACCCCAAGACCCGCGCCUUCGUGGCUCACGGAGGCACCAACGGCCUGUAUGAGGCCAUUUACCACGGGGUCCCUGUGCUGGGUUUGCCGCUCCUCUUCGACCAGUUUGACAACAUCCUGCGGCUGCAGGUGCGCGGGGCGGCACGGGUGCUGGAGGCCGCCACUCUCACCACAGAGGACUUCCUGGAGGCCCUAAGGGACGUGCUGGAGAAUCCCUCCUACCGCCACAACAUGCAGAAGCUCUCUGGCCUGCACCGCGACACGCCCCUGUCCCCGCUCGCCAGUGCCACCUUCUGGAUUGAGUACGUGAUGAGGAACGGCGGAGCGUCCCACUUGCGCACCGAAGCCUACAGCAUGCCCUGGUACUCCUACCACAGCCUGGACGUGGCGGCGCUGCUCAUGGCCCUCAGCGGAGCCUCUCUCUGGGCCUCAGUCUCUGUCUGCAGCAGGCUGUGCUGCAGGAGCUCCAGGAGGAAGACCAAGCUGGAGUGA